GACAGCUACAGUUCAAGAUUGUCAGUCACAAAGCAUGAAACCUGAGUCUAGUUUAUCAUAACCCUAACCCUCUCUGCAGUAUUUACUUCAGGGUCACUCAGGAUGGCCGCACACCGUUUGUGCUUCCAGAUUGCGGUCAUGUUUUUGUCUGGAGCUGUGUGCAGUGCUGACUUCUCAUGCAGAAAUGAAGCCGACGAGCCUGUUGAUUGGUUUAUCAUCUACAAGCUGCCCAAAUAUAAGAUUGGCGAGGUCGGCAGUGGGCUGGACUAUAUGUACCUGGACUCUUCAGUAAAGAGUUGGCAGAUGAGUAAAUUCAUGAUUAACGUCAGUCAAGGAGCCAUCGGGAACACGCUCAAUCAGCUUUACGUAGGUGGGGCCUACAAGUCCAACAACUCGGCCUAUGUACUCUACAAUGACGCUCCACCAAUCUUGGAUUACGUCCAAGGAUACGGACAUACUAAAGGGGUUCUGCUCUUUGGCCGCUCUCAAGGUUUCUGGUUGUCGCACACAAUCCCCCAUUUCCCCUCAUUCCCGGAGUUGGGCUACCUUUACCCCUCCUCUGGUAAAGUCAACGGACAGACUGCACUGUGCAUGACUUAUCAGUAUGAACAGUUUCAUGAAAUAGCAAAACAGAUGGUCUACCUUUAUCCACGUUGCUAUAACUGCUCUGUACCUGCUGCAUUCUCCGCCGACCUGCCACAGUUGGUCCAGUUAUGUGAAGGCUCCAAACCACUGUUGACCUCAGUGAAGAGAGUGGAGCAGCUUUUCUCUCUCGGAGGCGACAAGUUUGUCAGUUUUGUCAAAUCUGAGCACUUUGUGGAUGAUAUCUACACUGGCUGGGUGGCUCAGGUCCUGAAGGCUGACCUGCUGGUGGAGUCCUGGCAGCGAGAAGGUCACGCUCUGCCGUCCAACUGCUCCCUGGCCCAACACACUAUGAACAUCCAGAGGAUUUAUUUUCCCACAUCAGUCAGCUUCCAGUCCCGCUAUGACCACUCCAAGUGGUGUGUGUCUCAGAGCUCCACGGACCAGGUGACCUGUCUGGGUGACCUGAACAGGGAGAGGGCCCAGCUGUGGCGUGGUGGUGGACUGGUCUGCUCCUUCAACCCUUUGAUUUACAGGGCUUUCAGACAGGUGGUGGACUGGUACAUUGACUGUUGACAGACAAGAAACAUAGAAGUGAAUCAGUCUUUGACUCAGAGGUUUACUGUCAGAAAUAGAAUGUUAAAUGUAUAAUGAUUUCAGUAUUGUUGUUUUCAGUAACUAUUGGCUACUACGAAUGGCUUUUCCCCUAUACAGUCCUGGCAUGACUUGGCACAUUUUUUUUUUUUUUUGCUUUUCCAUUAGCGUUGGUACCUGGGACUUUUUUUUAGUACCUGUUCUGGCAAGGUUCCAACGAGCAAGACGCCCGACAAAAGAAUUAAACCAAACAAUGGCAAACUUAAAAUCAGUUAAAAAGACUGAAGACAUGCAUUAAUCUCCGACAUUUACCAAGGAAACAUUUAACAAAGGAGUCUGAUGUAUUUCGCCCCUUCUGCUGUAUUUCAGUUCAGUGACUGUGUCAGAUGGAGUCUGUCAUGCAGGAAGUACUGGAAGGCCUUGUAUGUUUUCUUGUAUGGCUUCAUGAAGGCCACUAUAAAUCCUUCUACUCACUCAGGGUUGUUGCAG